AUGGCAGCAAAAUCCCUUCACGAACUGUUUCAUGCUGAAUAUGUACCCCUUGAUCCUGCAUCACCAGCUUCAUGCACCCUGAAAACGAUAAACAAGUGCAGUCUGAGCUUCUGCUUGAUACAGAGUGACUUGCUUCAUCAAUUCCAGAGUGUAUUUUCCAAACUGCUAUCCCUUGAGGUGUCGUGCUCGUUAACAUACCAGCAGAUAAGUUAAUCCAGCACAAAUUAGUGUAUAAAAAGUCACCAAAAUGAAGUAUUUGAACCUAAUAAUUAAAUUCAAAAUGAGUGGGAAAAACUGCAAAAAAGGUCCACUUUUUUUUUCAACUCUGCUAUAACUAAAGACAUCCACCAGAGGGAGCCGUUAGCUUAUGUUUUGCACACAUCUGGAACGCCGAGUCUACCAAAGAUAGUGAAGGUCCCACACAGGUGUAUUGUACCUAAUAUAAUACACUGCCGAUCUCUAUUUAUGUUGACUGCAGAAGAUAUCGUGUUCCUUUCCUCUCCAUUUGAUCCGUCUGUGGUAGAGAUGUUUUUGGCCCUGUCUUCUGGAGCAUGUCUCCUCAUUGUUCCCACUGCUGUUAAAGAUAUGCCACGCUGACUUGCACAUUUGUUGUUCAAACAAAACGCAACAACAGUAUUAUAG